AUGGAGAACACGGACAUUAAGAACGAGGAAAAGGAGAAGGAGGUGAAGGUGAAAGCGAAGGAUGAGGUGAAGGCGAAUGAUGACGUGAAAGAGAAUGAUGAGGGAAAGGAGGCGACUACGGAGGUGAAGGCUCCGAGACCGAGACUGACUCGAGCGAGAAACGACGACGACGGAGCCCCGCCAGCGAAAGCGCCGAAGCUCGAGCAGCAGCUUCCGUUCCCCAUCGAGAUCAUCCAGACCAUUCAACAGCUGACGUGCCCGAAGCCGACCCACAACGGACUUCCCGCCAGAACUCAGGUUCUGAUCAUUGAGAACGGAAAGCCGGUGCUCACGGAGCUGCAGCCACUCCAGCAGUGCCAGCAGAUGCAGCAGAUCCAGAACCUGAUCCAGUACCACGAGGGACAAGCCAAGUACCGCUCGUACUUGCAGUUAGAGCUGCUCAGAAGUCUUCGCAAGCAACUCUCAGAUCAGAUGAUGACGCACCCGACGCGCAGCCACUACGAAGCGCUCCUCGACGACGUCAAGCACAAUCGUCUGACUCCGUUGUCGCCGGCCGAGAAGGCGCAGCUCGAGUACUUCACCGCGAUGGCUGAGUGGACUUUGGAGGCUCGUGUAAGUUCGCGAAAGAAGAGUAAAGUGAAGGGGCUGAAUUGUAGGAAGAACAGGGGAAAGGCACGCGGUAAAAAAUGUUCAAUUUCCCGUUUUCAGGCGAUUCUGCAAGACAAAGAGACGCCGUUCUAUCUUCUUCACUUCGGACGUCAGGUCAACGACUACAAGACGCGUCUCAAUGAGAUCACGACUCACGAGCAGUUCCAGGUGGGAAAAUGAUCACUUCCAGAUAAACGGGAGCAUUUUAACGUUUCAGAUGUUCGCACCAAUGCUCGCUCAGCGCAUCGACUAUCACCGCGAGCUUAUCCACACUCUCAACCGUCGCUCGUCGGUCAGCAUCGCCUAA